AUGUCAGCCAAGUCCACCUUUGCUACUGUCUAUGAUGAGGCGGAGGAGGAGACCAUACCAGAGAUGAAAAGUUUUUACAUUUCAUUACCGAAGCAUGGUUACCAAGUAGUGAACGAAGCUGAUGAACUGAACGCCAUCAAUGUCGAUGCUCUGAUGGAAGGAUUCCUACGGGGAGGCCUUGUGAAGGAGUGGCAGUUGCAAGCUGGUGCUAGGCAGUUCGAGGAGACACCCUGGCGCAAGUUCAUGAGCGAUGAAGACUCGUCAGAUAAGAUUCUGUGCAAAAGGGUGAACAUGGUGAUGCCCAUCCCGAAGCUGCCUAUGUGCGCUGACGAGAGUCGUGUUAUUGUGUACUACUGGUUGCGUUUGGAGGACGACGGUUCCAUUCGGCUCGAGAGUUUAUCGCAAAGUCUGGAUGCUCCCUUCUGCACUCAUUUUACUAACGCUGAACGCGCCGUCUUUCGCGAUAGUAAGGAUGAAAAUGGCAAGGAUUGUGUUAUCAUGAAAAAGGAGUGUGGGUGUAACUUCGUGAAGUUCAUGAUGAUGAAGUCACAAGUCACUAAGAGUGUUGCGAGUUCGAGUGCUGCGGGAACUGAAUUCCUCGAGAAAGCAGUAGUGAAGAUAAUGCGGGCCUAA